AUGGUAAUGGUUCCAUCACAAAUCGAUAAUUUCUGUGUUAAGAUCGCCAACAUAGUGGAAUCCUUGAAUUACAUUUAUACAGAUGACCCAAAACAUAAAGAUUUGGUUGAAGUCUGCAAGGUAGUUUAUAUUCAUCUCAUAAUCAGAUUUCAAUUAUUGUAUUGUCAGGCAGAACACACAAAUGUUCUAAGGAAUCUUGGAGUUCUGCGUCAAUACUUUGAAGGUCCCGGUCAAAAUGAGAAAAUGGUCAAACAAGUUUGGCAGCUGGAACAGUUAUUCGUUGGUUUUCAGUCGAUGAUAGCUGAAAUCGAGGUGGAGGCGGCCGUUGUCCACUACGUCAGCCAAAUUGAGCCACUUUUCAAAACAAUCUCUAAUGAACUGAGGAAGUGA